AUGUGCCCCGGAAUCUCUCAGGGCCUGCGCACUAAUUGCGCGCACCUGCUGGUAGCGUCCUUGCUGGUGUCCAUGACGAUGUCAAGCUCACCUGUUGCAGGCGGUGUGGACUCCAACGGAACGACAGCAACACGGUCCUCAUCGCGGUCAUCACCGUCACCCUCUUCCAGAUGGCCAGGCGCCACCCCACCCAAAGACACUAGUCACCAUGGUAACACUGACGCUGCCUCAGUGGACGAUGAAGCUCAGGGCAUACAUCUCCUCCUGAGACCCCCAGACCUGCUGUCCCCCAGCCACCCCCCUCCUCUGCCCCCCCACAGCCAGCCCACCCUCACCCCUCCCCCACCCUGGGAGCACGCCCCCUCCCUAGAGGAGGCCUGGGGCUCCGGAGACUACCUGGAAACGCUUUCCUUCAUGGUCCCAGAGGGGGAGGAACUGGCCCUGGCCACAAGCUUACCCAGUCACACCUACGACCCUGACGACGGGGCCUCCUAUGACACCUCCUUCCCCUCCCGCCCAACCCUCCCCCUGUCCUCCAGCCUCCUCCGACCCUAUACGUCCCCCACCUCCCCCCUCCGGGAGGGUCUCCCCUUCACCCACCCUGCCCAGCCUGAGGGAUACCCUCACUGGGAUGAAGAAGACUAUGACCUGGGGGACAUUUUUCCUCUGGUGCCCACGGAGCUGCUGCUGCCAGACAUGAACAGUCUGGAGUACUACACCAAUCUGCUGGGUACCCCCACCCCUGGAGUCAGACCCACCUCCAGAGUACCCCCUCAGCCUCCUGUUCUGCGGCCCAGAGUCCCCCCAGCUACCCCUGGCAGACACCCUCCACUGCCCCCAUCUAACACCACCAGCCUGGCUCGCCCCCCCAUGCUGCGACCUCCAGGGAGGGACCCCAUAAAACCACCACCACCUGUGACCGAGGUCCCCAGCAACCGACCGACGACCACUACCAAGGCAACCACUGUUACCACGACAACCCCUGGCACCCUGGCGACUCCCCCAGCCCCUCCAGGACGCCAGUACCUGUGUAACGUCACCAAGCCUGACAUGUACCUGGUCAGAGUGGUCCUGCCGAAGUCUGGCUCCACUGUGGGCUUUGGCCAGGUCAGGGACAUCUUGAAGAGGGAGUUCAACCGCUCAGUGGAGUUGCAGUUCCUGAGAACUCCGUCUAGCUUUGCGUUCCGUGUUGUGGCGGGACCUCUGAUCUUCACCGCCAUGUCUGUCGUCAACGCUCUGCGCCAAUCAACACAAAGCUCCUCCUUGUUCCCAACUGUCUCACCCCUCUACGGCAUACCUGAUCGCAAGUACCAGAUACGCUCUGUGCUGCAGUUUGUGCCCGGUCACGUGGAUGUGCGUGUGUGUAACUUCAGUGAGCGAGUGGAGAGAGGACUGCUGAUGGCCUACACGGAGACACGCAGACGCGCACAUGAAUUUGGCAACGUUACUGUACAGCUGCUGAACAUCACCAUGGGUCAGGCCAAGCCACAGGGUGACCAGAAGGUUCCGGUGGACAUCACGUUUGCGUUGCGUGAUGGGCGGGGCUACCUGUUGGGGUCAGAGGUCAGCGGUCACCUGAGACGCCUAAGCACGGUGGAGUUCAGCUUCUACCUGGGCUUCCCCGCGCUGCAGAUCGCUGAACCCUUCCACUACCCCGAGCUGAACGUUUCUCACCAUCUACGCUCCUCCUGGGUCCGCACAGUGUUACUGGGUGUCCAGGAGCAGACGGUGACUGAGCGGAGCUUCAAGGCUCGUCUGGAGCGCCGUCUGGCCCUGCUGCUGGAGGAGGGGCUAGGGGAGGGGAGUAAACGACCCCGCUGGAAGAGAUCCACGGCCGUGGGUAACAACAGCUUACAGGUGGUGCGUGUGUCGAGGCUGGCAGGUUCAGGGCGUACUCUGGAAGUGGUGUAUUUCGUGGAGGGACCAGAGGGGGAGAGAGUCCCUGCUGAUGCCACCGCUGCCACCCUCAACCGCCUGGAGCUGCAACGGGCUGCCAUCGUACUGGGGCACCGCGUCCAGAGACCCCUUGCCCAACCUGUGGAGACCCUGACAGUGCCACCGUCUGAGACUCAGAGCAGCAGUGUCUGGCUGAUUGUGGGGGUGGUGGUGCCUGUCCUGCUGGCUAUCUUCAUCAUCAUCAUCCUCUACUGGAAACUGUGCGGCUCGGAGAAGCUGGAGUUCCAGCCUGAUGCCAUCAACACCAUCCAGCAGAGACAGAAGCUCCAGGCUCCCAGUGUGAAAGGGUUUGACUUUGCCAAGCUCCACCUGGGGCAGCACAGUAAGGAUGACAUCAUGGUGAUCCAGGAGCCUGGUUCCCUCCCUGUGCCCAUCAAAGAGGCCACCCCCUCUGAGGGAGGGGAUCUCAACACUCCCAAAUCCAAGGGCUCCUCCACCAAGGCCUCCCGCGCUAACCGCCGUAGGGGGAGACUGUCCCCGUCAGAUGGUGACUCGUUAGGUAGCGACCAAUCGAGUGGCAGGGAGUCUGCAGAGGAGACCACCAGAUAUGUGGGCACGCCCCACGAGGGGAAACCGCACCGAAACAAAACGCCCAAGAAUGUUUACCUUACUCUCUUUCUCCCUCUCCCUGUCUCCCGCUCCCCAGUCCCUCCCACAGGCAGUGGUCCAGAUGAGCUGCUCUCCUCUUCCUCCAUCUUUGACCACGUGGACCGUCUGUCCCGAGGCUCGUCUGACGGCAGGGCUCGCCAGGCCAACAAGGUCCAGCUGAUUGCCAUGCAGCCCCGGCCCAGCCCACCACAACACUCACACAGCCCCACCAUCACAGAGAGGGUCAGCGCAGAGGUGGCUCUGAGACAUAAGUCGGAGAUCGAGCACCACAGGAACAAGCUGCGUCAACGGGCUAAGAGGCGGGGCCAGUGUGAGUUCCCCUCUAUGGAUGACAUCCUGGAUGCCUUCGGGCAGGCGCAGGAGGAGGCGGGGCAGGGAGGGUGUCCCCAGCGCCUCUACAGCUCAGCCCAUGACCACAUGGACAGCAUCUUGCACACCGACCCCCCCUCGCCCCCCACCCCAGGGGAAUCCAGGAAGAGGGGGAGGCGCUCUCCUCGGGGCCGGCGGAGGCAGCAGGGGAACGGCAGUCUGCCAGACACAGACAGACUGACGGACAGAGACCGCCUGCUCACAGACCACAGCGCCACCUACAGGAAAUACCCUGGACUCAACAACGUGGCCUACAUGUCCGACCCGGACCUACCUCCAGACCACGGCAGCCCCUCCCCUAACGACGAGGUGUUUGACCACGCCCCUCCCCCGCCCCCCUACGUGCCUCCCCAGCCGUCCAUCGAGGAGGCGCGGCAACAGAUGCACUCCCUAUUGGACGAUGCCUUCGCCCUGGUGUCGCCCUCCUCCCAGGGCAGUGUCGGGGUCACGCAGGUCAGCCCCGCACUGCCAAGCCCCUCUCCCUCCCCACAGACACACCCAUCACGCCAGUGGGGUUCCUACCCCGCAGCCCCCACACACAGCCCCUUCUCUGCGAGGUAUGCAGAGUUGGGGAUGUCUCCCUCGUCAAUACAAGGCCUGUUGCAUAGGCAGGGCCUGGGUUCAGGGGCCUAUGUUGCUGCAGAGGAGCAGUUGCAGGAUUCUGUCUACGCCAACAGGGGGCAGUAUGAAGAGCCUCCCUCCUCCUCCAGACCUCGGCCUGUUGGGGGAAGCACAGGUGCUCAGCUGCAUCACCUGACGCAGGUGGGCUUGUCGAGCCGGAUCAGUGCGUACCCUGGGGUGGGCCGCAGCGUCUCUGGGCCAACAGGCUCCAGCUGGAACCAGCAGCCUUUAGACCAGGACCUCUCCAGACCCGGAGCCAGCAGGGAGACUGUGCUGUCGUUCCCUGAGUUCUCCUCCUCCGGUGUGUUUCAGAUGCCCAGCUCCUCUCUGGGAGACCAUUCUGUCCCCCCAAUGCUCCUGGCCCCUCCCACUCCAGAGUUCCCCCUAGAUGAGUCCUCCCCCUCAGCCCAAAGCUCCGCCUCCCUCAUCAAGGCCAUCAGGGAGGAGCUACGACGGCUCGCCCAGAAACAGGUUGCUGUGGCCAGCAGUUACUCCUAG